GUUAGCAUGAUCGAGAAGGAAGUCGAGGUCGCCGUGUUAUUGGAAACCCUCCAUACGGGGCUGUAAAUCCUCGAUCACCAGGCAAUUUGCGAGACGUCUAAUAGCGUCGGCAUGUUGCGCGAAGCCUAUCCAACUUGACCUUUUACGUAUACCUCGACCGUCAUUCAAAAAUGCAAGUACACUUUGCUGAAAAGAAACCUCCUCCCACAUCGCACCCACCCAGAGCUUCAAGCACACCAUGUCUUCAGCAGCACCCCCGUUGAACAGAGGACAUUGCAUCUAUGUCACCGACCUCAUCCAUUAUUGUCGGUGUCUGAGCUUUGCUCCUCACGCGUCGCCUCUGCAGGAUCGGUUUAGCUGCGCGACGUGCGGACACGGCAUCCAUGCCCACGUUGACUACAUCUCAGCGUUCGUCCAUCGUUCCCUCGUCAGCCACUGUGCUGCAUAUGCUCAAAGGACACUAGGUACCCAGGAAUGUACAUGCAUGCUCCAACUCGUCGGGCAUACAGCCGUCUUGAAUCCACAUCGCUCUACCGUCUUAUACAGCCCCCCAGCGCCGUUCGUGGCUAGUUCACAGCGAGGUAGCCUACCAUCCCAUAUGAACAUUCCCAGACCAUCCGGUGGUACGGUCAACAGUCAAUUCGCUCCCGUAGAACUCAUCUCUAGUCGCGGACUAACCGUCCCUGAUCCAUACCAUCCCACAGAUUGGUCGUACAGAGUGACUUUCUUCACGAGCAGUGAGGCUGUUUCCUCGGACAACACGUUGUCCAGUUCCUCAGGGCGCACGGCGGGCCCUUUAUACGCACCCAGGCUCACGUACCCCAGUUCCACCAUUGAUCUCUCGCGUGCAUACACACCUCAGACUCAAACUCACAGCUUCGGCACUAGCUCCUCCGGGUCGCUGGAUGGUAGUGCACAGCACCAGGGACAUAUGGUCAGCAACUCUGAUUAUGGGAUUCGUCAGACAGGUGCAGCGGACGAAGGUUCGACUGUUUACCAAGAUUAUCAGAUGGAUGAUGUAGUUGUGCAGUCUGAUGAUGAGAAGCCCACAAGUUCUGACUAGUCCUGCUAUCCGUGUCUCGUAUGAAUGCAUCUUAAUAGUAUUUCACGGUGUAAUAAUGCAUAUCCCUUG